AUGUCGUCAGAAGGCCGGAGACAGCUUAGGCCAAGGUCGGCGGCCAAUCUCAAUGUGGAGGAGUACUAUAAAUUUGUUUUGAGUCCCAAUGAGGAUGAAGAUGAUGACCAGCCCUUGAUUGUGAGGCGCAAACGCAGUUCACUGCCAAAAGAAAACGCGACAAGGAAAGAUUCUGCUCUCGUCACACCAUCCCAUCGUCAAACAAAAGCGGAGAUUCUGGCAGUCAGUUCAUUCAUGGAGACUCCAACGACCAGACUGGAUAUGCGACCGUUUCGGUCAGUCGUCCAGAUUCGCGUUGGUGCCAAAAGUGAAGAGUUCUUAAUUCACGCGAACAUUUUGAUCAAGGAGUCGAGGUUUUUCAAAACACGUCUUGAAUCUUCGCCAGCCGGAACCAUCGAACUCAAGGACAUCAAUCCUGACUUAUUUUACGCUUUCGCGACCUGGCUGUACCAUGACAAGCUACCAAUGGAUGAGACUGGACAGGAACAAACGCAAUUUGAACAGCUCAUAAGCCUUUAUUUACUGGGCGAGAGGUUUGGAGCCGACGCGCUGGUGAGCAAAGUGGCUGAUAAGGUGUUAAGAUCGGCAUCAGGAGGAGGAGCAAAGAUCUCUGCGCACAUGGCAAACAAGAUAUACCAAUCCACGGAACCAGGAUCUAAACUGCGGCUUUUGGCAGCGGCGGUAUACGCGCUAGGGGAUAUCGACGGCACAAGGGAAGAAUUCACAAAUCCGAUGUUCUUGCAUGAUGUUAUUCAAGUCAUGCAAGAAUCGGCGGAAGGGCUUAUCAAAGGGCUUUCUGUGAAAGGAAUAGGAAGUAAUAAGCGCCAGCGCAUAUUGGGCGAAUUCACCCCAGCGCAAAGCAGCGAGGAAAACCAUAGCACGGAACCCUUGAAAACAGUGAUCCCAGAAGCCCGACGAGAAACAACACCGGCGUCAAGACCCAGGGACUAUCCGCAGCUGCUCAACACAUUCCUCAAACCAAGGGGAAAAUGA